AUGGACUUACAAGCUCCGAGAACCCCAAACAGGUCAACUUCGACCGAUGCAGCAGAUUCUGAAUCGAAAAUACCCUCUCCACAUCCCCCAGAAUCGCCCAAAUAUCGCAAACGAAGCUCAUCACCAAAACAGCUUCCUGUUAGCGCGUCAGAACACAGGAGCAUUAUCUUGCACACCAAGAAACAUAAAAUUGAUACUGUCAUCUCAGCAAGUGACAACAAUAGCAACUUGAUGACUCGCAAAGAUAAUGGGAAGAGUGCCUCUGAAAGCUCUUCGCAUAUGACAGCGUUCUAUCGAGAGAAUAUCCGAGUUUUGAAUGAGUUGCAGAAAGUUAUGUUCCAGAAGAAAGCGAGGCUAGACUCGCUCAAAGACGAACUUACAGAAGGUAGAAACGAAAUGAAGGCUCUGCUGCUCAAACUCGAAACUUACAAGGAAGAGAAACACGUAAAGUCACAGCAACUCAAACUCAAGAUCAACGACACAAAGAAACUUCGCGAUGAGCAGAAUACGCGUGCCAAAUUCUUAGAAAAGGGUCAUGAGCUGGAGAUUCAACAAUUGCGGGCAAAAAGUAUUGCAGAGAUGAACCAGCUGGAGAGCAGUUAUAGACAGAAAAUGGAAGAGCUACGAUUUGCUAAGAUUAGGAGAAUACAGGAAACUCGGGAUAGAGUGCAACGUGAGAUUUCGGAUCUUGAUUUCCGGAUCUCAAACAACCAGUCUGCACUUCUCGAAGCUCUCACUGAGUGCGAAACCGCGCACAAGCUGAACAAAGAAGGUGCCUUGCGACGCCAUCAAGAUGAGCUUGAUGGCUUUUUAGAAAACAACAGAAAAAUAGCCAAAGAAAACGAUACCUUGCGGACCACGCUAAACACAAAGCUUAAACCCAAACUUGACGAAAAAGCCGCUUAUAUUGAGCGCUUGAACUCUCAGCUGCAGGAGCUACAGAACAGGCUGGAGGCAACUCGUUCAGAAAGCACCCAAUUGAAGGAUGAUGCAGAAAGAUUCGGCUCUUGCACAAUACAGACCCUCGCAAAAAGAGAUGAGCUGGAAAGGUACAUUGCAAUGUCAAAGUCAGAAUUGGGCGAAAUCGGGGAGAUUUUGAUGAAGGAAGAGACGAUGAGACGCAAAUUAAACAACGAACUUCAGGAAUUGCGGGGCAAUAUACGUGUAUUUUGCAGACUUCGACCACAACUGAAGGAGGAGCUUGGUGAACUCUCCAAUAUACAGAUAGAAGAUUUUGAUGAUGAAAGCGGAACGCAAGACAUGAACAUACGGCGAGACACGAAGUCCCACACUUUCACCUUCGACAGAAUUUUCGGAGAGCACGAGUCCAACAAAGAUGUUUUUGACGAGAUCAGCCAACUGAUACAAAGCUCUCUUGAUGGCUAUAACGUAUGCAUCUUUGCUUUUGGCCAGACAGGUUCUGGCAAAACAUAUACAAUGCUCAACCCGAAAGAUGGCAUAAUACCGGCUACUCUGAACCACAUUUUUCUUUGGGUGGAAAAACUGAAAGGUCUUGGGUGGAGCUACGAGAUUACCGGGCAGUUUGUUGAAAUCUACAACGAAAACCUCAAAGACCUUCUCAAAGAUCAAGAGGGAGAAAACGACGAAACUAAUGAUAGCGCCAAGCUGGAGGUUAGACACGAUGCCGGGACUUGUACAACAACUCUCGUAAAUGCUACCACAUGUAGAUUUACCAACCGAGAAAUGGUGAACGAAAUCCUGACGCGUGCCUUAAAAACGCGAUCUACAGCGGCAACCAAAGUAAACUCACGGUCGUCGAGAUCACACAGCGUAUUUAUCAUCAAACUUCUCGGAUACAACUCCAAAUCGGGUGAGCAUUCCAUGGGAACCCUGAACUUAGUGGAUUUAGCAGGGUCAGAGAGAAUUGACUCCUCACAGCCUCAGGCUGUACGACUUAGAGAGACUCAAAACAUCAAUAGGUCUCUGAGCUGUUUAGGUGAUGUUAUACAUGCUUUGGGUGCCAAAGACGCUGUUAAAAGGCACAUCCCCUUUCGAAACUCUAAGCUGACCUACUUGUUACAGUACUCUCUGGUCGGAGACUCUAAAACUCUGAUGUUUGUAAACGUCUCCCCAGCGCUAAAGAGUCUGUCCGAAACUUUGAACUCUCUACGUUUUGCAGCGAAGGUAAAUUCCACCAAGAUGAUGAAAUGA